AUGCUUCGACGCGCCUCCACAGAGACCCCCAAACCUGUGAAGACGCCUCUUGGAGAAGGAGAAACUUUUACUAUCUCCCUUCCCAAGAACUUCUGUGAAAUCACCGCCCCGACAAUCUUCCCGUCGGCGGAGAAGCUGGCGUUUCCCGCACCUCAGCGUCGCCUAGCCAGCCUGCCCUUGCUCACAGUGGCGAAUGAAGGAUUGGCCCUGCAAAUACAUGCGUCACAACAUUCCCUGGCCCUACGUUCUGCUGCCCUCACUCUAGAGAAGGAGUGCAAGACACUCCGCGAGAAGUUGGACCGGUCUUCGGCGUCGUUGACGGCAGCAGAAAAGAAGGUGGCGGAGCUGUCCGAGGAGUUGGCUAAGGAGAAAGGCCAGAAUGCCAGCCACGUGAUCAGCCUGGCGUCGAUGAAGGAGGAGACGGACGCCACAAUCGCCAGCCUCCGUGAAGAGCUGAUGGACGCCGCUAGCCGAUACACCUGGAAGACUAAGGCAAGGUUGAUGAAGCAGUUCUUGGAAGGGCAGACGUCGAAGUGGACGCCUGAAGCAGACAUUCAGCAAUUCCUGGAAGUUUUUGGGACGCCGGAAGAUCUGAUCCCUGAGGGCGAGAGUAACGCCGACGUCAUGGCGACGGCGGAUUCAGGCGUCAAUGCUGAAACUGACGGCGCCGCUUGAUUCUCACUAGU